AUGACAGCUCUUGAUAUCGAAGACCUUUCGGGCACCUUGAGUGAUAACGCGGUUCUGAUGAGCUCCCAUGCUUCAGAACAAACUGGAGCCCUGACCCAAAGGACCCCGGAACAACAUGGUUUUACACAAGCAGUCGUCGCUUUCGACAAAAUGUCUGCUGGUAGAAAGGAAUCAGAAAGUCAAAUAACUCAGAUUGACAGACUAAGAUUAGAGGUUAAACGAUGUGAAGGAUUAUUACAAGAGAGGGACGCUACAAUCGAAGCACAGCGCUUCCACAUUGGUGCUUUAUAUUGCAAUAUUUCUCACUUGACCAACGAAAAGGAAAAGCUUACAGAAACAGUCGCCAGCAUGCAAAAUCAGUUGAAAGACAUUCAAGAGCAAGACUGGCAGACACAUAGCGGUUUGAGGAAAAAGAGGAAGUUUACACACUAA